CAUUAUAAGCUGAAGCGAGUUGUAACUGAAAGUAUCGUAACACUGAUUAGCGUUGUUGUGUCCAACCUUUUCCCGCGAGAAGUACAUAAAAAAACACACCCUCCUUGGUGAAAGCAAGACAUCCGGUUGCUCUCCUCUGCGUCGCCCUUCCUACCCUUAGAACCUUUUAGCUACGAUCUUCUUUUGUACAUCUUUGACGAGUUAGUUGUAAUAUAUACGUAAACGUGAAUGUUUCUCUUUUCUCCCUUAACGGAACACGCGACAAGUGGUGAUCUCGACGUGAUAUACAUCGCAAAAUUGUAACUUUUCGUACCUUGUCAACUCAAAUUAAUUUCUUUCGUGUUAUAACAUAACCUUUAUUACUCCGCGAGUGCAUAAUGACAAAUCCAGAGGACAUUCAACCACCGCCCGCGCCAACCCCCCAGGUUGAAGUAGUCGAAAUGGUCAAAUUACCACCUCUUCCUAAGAAAAACAUCCGAUUAUGGUUUGCUCAAGUUGAGGCGCAAUUCACCAAUCGAAAAAUAACAGCCGAAUCUACUAAAUUUUCACACAUUGUGGGAUCACUUGAUCAUGAUAUAGCUGAACGGGUAUUAGACAUCAUCUUUAUUCCACCUGCCAACCCAUAUACGGCAUUGAAAGAUCGCCUGAUCAAAGAGUUGGAGGAGUCAGCACAGCAAAAAUUACGCCGUUUUCUCCAAGAAGAUUUAACUCUGGAUGACCAGAAACCCACAAUUUUACUGAGAAAAAUGCGUUCACUUGCUGAAGGUAAGGUGAAUGAUACAUUUUUGAAGGACCUAUUCACCCAACGAAUGCCAGCUCAUGUUCGAGCCAUACUCGCAACUCUAGACACCUCCGAUUUGGACAAAAUUGCUCAAACUGCUGAUAAAAUUGUUGAAUCAGUACAAAUACCGGGGAUGUCAAAUUUCACACCUACAGUAGCUGCCGUUUCCGUUCCUACACCAUCGCCUAGUGACGCCCUUCUCACCGCCCUGACCAAACAAGUUGCUGACCUAACACUGACUGUUCAAAAUUUGAUGGGGAAAAUCAACUAUACACAACAGAGACGGUCGCGAUCUCGCAGUCCUAGCUACAAUUCUCGAAGCAGAUCAAGAAAUUCAAGUGCCACUCGCGAAGGGGUUUGCUGGUACCAUCGUAAAUUCAAAGACAACGCCACUCGCUGUACUACCCCAUGCACUUACGAUAAGCAGACGGAAAACUCCGAAUCGCAUCGCUGAAGGCGACGAGUGAUGCGUCUCAGUCCACCAAAUCGCGUCGCCUUUUUGUUCGAGAUAAAUAUUCUGGUUUCUCCUUUCUAAUCGAUUCUGGCUCAGACAUCUCCGCAGUUCCACCCUCAUUCGCUGAAAAACGUAAUCCAGAAAAGCUUGAACUUUUUGCGGCCAAUGCAACAAAAAUAAAGACAUAUGGUGAGAAAUUACUUUCUUUAAAUUUAGGCUUACGACGCGAUUUUAAAUGGCCUUUUAUACUGGCAGAUAUAGAAAAACCUAUUAUUGGUGCCGAUUUUUUGAAUCAUUUCAAUCUACUCGUUGACAUUCGACGUAAACGAUUAGUCGAUGGAGAGACAUUUUUGAAAGUGCAAGGCCAACUCGAUCUGGCCAAUACCCCUUUUUGCAACCUUUCUGCUGUUGAUAAGGAAAGUGUGUUUGCGAACAUCCUCAAAAAAUUCCCUGAAAUUACACACGUUUCAAAUUUUAAGGAAAACCCUAUAAAACAUGACGUUGUUCACAGCAUCAACACGAAAGGCCCUCCUAUCUCCUCUAAAGCUCGCAGAUUACCACCUAAUAAACUUAAAGAAGCGAAAGCAGCUUUUCAGCUCAUGCUGGACCUCGGCAUUUGCCGGCCUUCUAAGAGUCAUUGGAGCAGCCCCCUUCAUAUGGCUAGUAAACCAGGUGGUGGUUGGCGACCUGUAGGAGACUAUCGUCGCCUGAAUUCAGUCACAGUUCAUGACUGCUACCCUGUCCCUAACCUGCAAGAUUUUAAUGCCGAAUUAGCUGGAAAAAAAAUCUU